UUGUCAACUAAACUAUCGUUCCACGUUCAUUUGUUGUCGGGUUUGCAAGCCUCGCCACGAUGCUCCGCACUCGAUCGUUAGGCGCGUUAUUCCUCAGUUUCCUGUCGUUUGUGAGUUUUGCAUGUAGCAGCAGUACAGUGGCCGCCACCGUCGAGGUGCCGAUGCUCCACCACGUCGAGCAGCUGCCGACCGGUCAGCUGUUCUACAAUGGCCACACGUACACGAUGGCCUCCAAUGUGGUGUCGGGGGUGCUAUCUGCUUCCAUUCUUCCGCCUCAGGGAUGCGAGGAUGACACGUACCUAGUGUACGCGUGUAACCCGUCUAAGUUCAUUGGGGCUGUGUGCUGCGUCGUGGUUUUUGUCAUUUUGGCUGGAGCCAUGUCUGGGCUCACCGUCGGCGUGCUCUCGCUGGACACCAUGCAUCUCUCCGUGUUGAAGAUGGAAGGGUCCCCGACCGCUCGGAACGCGGCUGCGCGGUUGCUUCCGGUGCUGUCGCAGCACCGCUUGCUGUUGGUGACACUUGUCUUGAUGAACGCGCUAGCAAACGAAGCGCUUCCGAUCUUCCUCAACACGCUCAUCAACCCCGUGGCAUCGGUGGUGUUUUCCGUCACGUUUGUGGUUUUGUUUGGUGAGAUUGUCCCAACAGCACUUUGCACCGGCGAUCGGCAGCUCGUCAUUGGGGCUGCCUGUGUGCCUCUCUUGCGCGGUCUCAUUCGGAUGACGUAUCCGAUUUCGUAUCCGAUUUCCGUGCUUUUGAAUCGUACCGUGGGCGAAACGUCGUCGAAUCUCACGUACUCUCGAGAUGAACUCAAGGCCUUGGUGCAGCUACAGUAUGAACGCAAUCCCCGCGCAGGCCUGACAUCCGACGACGUUGAUCUACUGCAAUGCGUCCUGGAAUUAGGCAAAUGCACUGUCCAAGACUGCAUGACCCCCGCGGCCCCAAUUGAGGACGCCGUGGCGUCUCCGCCGUCAGGGGUACCCCUGGGUAGCCAUCUCCUCGACGAGGGGGCUUCACCUGUGACAUCGGAUUCUACUUUGAUUUACGCCCACAAGACAGGGUUGUAUCCGGUCCUGGACGGCGUCUGCGGCGACAAGAUGCCGUGUAUGCAAGUGGAACCCUCCACGCCUCUCUCGUCGCUUCUCGCCUUGUUCCUUCGCCACCCCCACGCGACGACGGUCCUUGUGGUGACAACUCCAAGCCAGGAGAGUGAUAAGGAGGCCAACCCCCUGGAUGGAGUGGUCGGGAUCGUGCGGAGAGCGCACUUGCCAGUCUUUCAGCCAGCUUCAUCCCGCGGGGACCUGAAACUUGCGAUGGAUGACGUCGACGACCACCUCACCGAGAACUCGAGCAACGAAAGCAAGAGCCCCACGCUGGUAGGGGUGCACCCGAGCCUGUUUUUCUCGUCCAAAGACAAUGUCAUGGGUUACUCUCGAGUAAGCUGCGUGGACGACAUGGAAGGGGGAAGCUUUGUUCCUGUGACGGCCGCCACAUGUUCUUGAGACUUUGCCUGCUGCCAGACAGCGUUUGUGUAUUUAUAUGUGUGGUUCAUUAGAGUUGCCGGGUGAGUGUUAGCCUAGCUUCGUCGUGACAAUAAUAUACUUGCUGGUGCUGUUCUACAGCGGGAUUCCAGGACCAGCGAUAGGUAUGACGUCA